CACCAAGCUGUGAGCCUUCGAAUCCCGCCAACUCCUCGCUUCAUUCGACAUCUCGAAAUUUCCCACGAACCUCGUAUUCUCGCCCAAUUCACGCCAACUAGCUUACACGAUCGACGCUAAAAUCUUCAUAUGUGACAUUCCAGCCAACAUCCUUGCUAGCAUUGGGCUUGAAGCACAGCAUAGUACCAAUAAAGCUGAUUCACGCCAUGCUGGUCUGCUCAACGUAUGUGAUCCUGCCCUUUCCUUCAUCUGCACCGCACUGUUAUUCAUUACAGUCCAAUGCAACACCUCGUCCCGCGCGUCGUAAACCAGUGAUGAUACCUGCCAUGUCUCACAUCCCUCGACCUUUGCCUGCCAGGGAUCCACAUGCUUGCCUCCGCUUUCUAUGCAAGCUCUUUUCUCGUACAGACGCGGUUGGCAUCGAUAAACCUAAUCCUCUCGAUUUCCCUGCUACAUCGCCCCUACCUCGUCCACUUCCGAAACACGACGAGAAUUCUCGACGCACACCAGCAUCACCCACCAGCCAAUCCUCUGUCAUCAAUACUUCCCCAUCCCCCAAAUCCCCCUUAAAUCGGCUAUCAAGCUGGUGGCCCCUUCAAACAAAUUAUGCAUUGCCGACUAUCGUCGAUGUUUCUCUCGCACCUGGUAGACUGCGAUACGCUGCAGCAGGCGCUCCUGGCCCUGAUGAUGAAUUGAUACGUGACGAAGAUUAUGUCACUCCUCCCCCUUCCCCCAAUCCUGGCUCACGCCUAGGGAUUGUUAACUCUGGACAGCAUGGAAGCGGCAGGUUUUGUUUUUGCUUCUAGUUGAACCUUGUCGAGUAUCUCGCUCGACGUUACUGUAAUUGUUGCUCGUUGUAUGCGUUGUCCUCCCUAUACUUAUGUCCAAUUCACGGUCAUUAUUGCCCUC